AUGUCUUCGUCUGGAGCAAAUAAUAGUACUAAUAAUAAUAAUAAUAAUAAUAAUAAUAAUAAUGAAGACACCAAAACAACAAUUUAUUCAAUGCUUACAGAUCAGCCUAUAACAAUUCCUGAUUCUUGUCUUUUUGGUACAUGUAGACCGGUAUCUGAAUUUGAAAAAUUAAAUUGUAUUGGCAAAGGUACAUAUGGUGUAGUUUAUCGUGGUCGAGAUAAGAUUAGUCAAGAAAUUGUUGCAUUGAAAAAAGUUCGCAUGGAAAAUGAACAAUGGGGUUUACCAAUAAGUUCAAUGCGGGAAAUAAAUCUUUUACUUAAUUUACGUCAUGAAAAUAUUGUUGAAUUACGUGAAAUAGCUGUUGGUAAAUCAUUACGUUCAAUAUUUCUUGUUAUGACUUAUUGUGAACAAGAUCUUGCAUCAUUACUUGAUCAUAUGUCACAACCAUUUACUGAAGCACAAGUUAAAUGUAUUGCAUUACAAUUAUUUCGUGGUUUAAAUUAUGUACAUAAACGUUUUAUUGUACAUCGUGAUAUUAAAGUAUCAAAUUUAUUAUUAACUGAUUGUGGUUGUUUAAAAAUUGCUGAUUUUGGUUUAGCAAGACAAUUUACAUUACCAAAUGGUACAAUGACACCCAUGGUUGUUACACUUUGGUAUCGAGCGCCUGAACUUCUUUUUGGUUCUAAAUAUCAGACAACAGCCAUUGAUAUUUGGUCAGCUGGCUGUGUUCUUGGUGAAUUAUUAUGUCAUCGACCGUUAUUACCAGGUCGUUCAGAAAUUCAACAAAUUGAUUUGAUUAUUGAUAUGUUUGGUACACCAACAGAAAAAAUUUGGCCAGGUUUAAAUGAUUUACCUUCAUUAAAAAAUUUUACUUUACGUCAACAACCAUAUAAUAAUGUUAAACAAACAUUUCCAUGGUUAUCUAACGCUGGUUUACGUCUCAUCAAUUUUAUGUUUAUGUAUGACCCAAGUAAACGGUGA